AUGAUCUUCUUGUUUCUUUUUACAGAAGUGGCAAGCAGCUGUAGUUUAUUCAAUGUCGAUUGCCAAGAAACAGGAGCUUUACUCACUCUGAAUUCAGAGUGUCACAAUUCUACUUCGAGUAGCAUCGAUGCAAAUUUACUGAAUUUGUUCAUGGUCAACAAAAGCCAUGUGAAUGAUACAGUAUCCACUGAUUGCAAACUUUCGACGUUUGCCCUUUUGGAAUACUCAAAAUGCUUUGAUAAUUUCACCGACGCGAAUUCAGUAAACUACACUUCAACAAUUGUUGAGUCAGUAACAGUAGAUGGAACCGACUUUAUCACCCAAAAAAUUGAAAGAAUUUUCUGUGAGCCAAGUAUCGAAAUCAAAUCUGAAAAACCGACGCUUUUGCUUUCUUCUUUGAGCUCUAAUGGAAAAAUACCGGUUGUUUCACCAAAUGUGACUCUUGACAUUCAAGGGGGCGAGGGCCUUGGUUCAAUUGUCAACGUAUCAAUCGAAGAGAUCACUGAAGAUGGCCUGUACAGAAGGGAUCAACAAGGAGUAUUUAUUUGA